AAAGCAUUUCCUAAGUUAUGACAAAUGUUUGACCCGCACUGUCGGGUCCUCAGAUCAGCUAAGCAACCUCAUGGAUGUCCCGUCGAACCUUCUCUGGGCCAGAACGUCCAGGCCUAGCGCGCAUUCCGGCAUCUCUGUUUUGGCAGGCUGCGAAGCCCAGCAGACAGACGGGACGAGGACGCACAAGGUUUACAGUUGGGCUAUCCGAUCAAAACUGGCGCGGGUUGCUGAUCGGGAACUCGAAGCAGGUUGUUUGAGCUGUCGGAAGCGCAUGGCGAGUUCCGUUGCGUGACUGCCCAAAACCAGAGGCCUGCCAAGAACCUGAAUGUUACGAGGCCCUCGGAGUAGCAUGAGCCUCGUGACGGUGCCU